GCCGCGGCCGCUUGUGCCCGCCCGCUUCCCGCCUCCGUCCCGCGGCCCCCGGCACCAUGUCGGUGGAACUGGAAGAAGGCGAUCUGCCCCUGACCGAGGCGGAGGAGGCACCGAUCUCCGCCGAGAAGAAAGCGGCCUCUAAGAAGGCGAAAGCCGGCGGUUCUUCGUUAUCGCCAUCGAAGAAAAGGAAGAACAACAAGAAGAAGAACCAGCCGGGCAAGUACAGCCAGCUGGUGGUGGAGACCAUCCGCAAGCUGGGCGAGCGCAACGGCUCUUCGCUGGCCAAGAUCUACAACGAGGCCAAGAAGGUGGCGUGGUUCGAUCAGCAGAAUGGGCGCACCUACCUGAAGUACUCCAUUAAGGCGCUGGUGCAGAACGACACGCUGCUGCAGGUCAAGGGCACCGGCGCCAACGGCUCCUUCAAGCUCAACAAAAAGAAGCUGGAGGGCGGUGGGGACGGGGCCGCGGGCGGCGGCGCGCAUAGAGCCCCCAGGAAGGCGGCGGCCGCCGCGUCCCGGCGGGCGGAGAAACCCGCGGGCAAGAGCCAGAAGGCCGAGAAGAAAUCGCACAAGAAGGGAGCGGGCGGCGCGGCGGCCAGGAAGGACAAAGCCAAGAAGGCUGCUAAGAAGGGAGCCGCGUCCCCCGGGGGCAAGAAGGUGAAGAAGUCCGCGAAGCCCAAGGCGCUCAAGGGCCGGAAGGCAUGAGGGGGGGCGCGGCGCGGGGGGCGCUCCCCGCCCG